AGUGUAGUUCAAUGACUCUGCUAAUAUGACUGUUAGCUACUGUCACACCAACUUUUAUCAGUAUUUAUGCUUGUAUUCCUGUAUUUAAUUUACAGGUGAUCAUUGGUGUGAUUAUGCAGCUGUCGUUUUAAAUUCACGUCAGACUCAGCCGGCUCCGGUCCAAAUUUAACCGUCCUUGUAAUCGUCAUAUUUAACAUUAGCAGCACCGAGCCAGACUAACUAGGUACCAUGUGGGUUUUCGGUUACGGCUCUCUGAUAUGGAAAGUGGAUUUUCCCUAUGAAGAAAAGAGAAUUGGUUAUAUCAAAGGCUUCAGUCGGCGGUUUUGGCAAGGCAGCACCGACCACCGGGGAGUACCUGGCAAGCCUGGCCGGGUCGUGACGCUGGUGGAAGACCCAGAGGGCUGCGUGUGGGGCGUGGCCUACAAACUGCCGACCGGCCGAGAGCAGGAGGUGAAACGCUACCUCGACUACCGAGAAAAAGGUGGUUACCAGGUCAUCACCGUGACCUUCCAUCCCCGUCCGCCGUUCUCUCCCCCGCCCAGCCAGACGCUGCUCUACAUCGGCUCUCAGGACAAUCCAGACUACCUCGGCCCCGCCCCUCUGGAGGAGAUAGCCAACCAGAUCAUCAACUCGACCGGCCCCAGUGGGCAGAACACCGAGUACCUGUUUCAGCUGGCUGAAGCGGUCAGGACCAUUCUGCCAGAAGAUUCAGACGCCCACCUGUUUUCUCUGGAAAGUUUAGUCAAAGACACACUGACAAAACAGACAAAAAACAGUCAAAAUAAAGAAAAGAACAAGACCUUAUCCUGAUCCAUGAGGAGCUACAUGUGGACUUGAUAAAAAAAUCUCAGGGUUUCAGACACAGAUGGGGCCAGUCUGGAUGUUUUCAUUCAGGUUCAUGUGUUAGAAAAGUCUUUCACAAACACUGUUAAUGUAACAGUAUGAAUAAACCACAGCACUUAGAGAAAACAGGAAAGACAAUGAAAUACAAGUAACGCACAGAAAAACAAAUUAGACACACUGUCUCUGAUAAUACUCUGUCUGUAAUAUUUAACAGCACACAAAUGAUUUUAAGAAAUUUAUUUUAAAUAAAUGAAUCUGCAUUUA